GUCCUGAAAACGGAGAAAGAGAAGCAGGAAAUGUCCCACCUGGAGGUCACGAGGGAGGUCGUGGAGAAACACUCCAGAGAGCAGCAGGAUUUCGAGUCGACCAGUAACCAGAAGCUGAUGCUGGAGUACGAGAAGUACCAGGAGCUGCAGCUCAAGUCGCAGCUCAUGCAGGAGGGCUAUGAGCGGCAGCUGCAGGCCAUGGAGGACAGCAAGGGUCGCGCCCUGGAGGAGCUCACCCUCUUCUACGAAGCCAAGCUCCAGGAGAAGAUGCUCAUGCUGGGCCAGUGUCAGGACGAGGCCAGGCAGCAGAUGAGGGAGUUUGAGGAGUCCAAGAAGCAGAUGGAGGAGGACGGAGACCGGGAGAUCCAGGACAUCCGCAUCAAGUACGAGAGGAAGCUACGGGUAGAGAAAGAGAUCAACCUGCGCCUGAAGGGAGAGACGGGCGUCAUGAGGAAAAAGUUCAGCAGCCUGCAGAAGGAUAUAGACGACCGCAACGUGGAGAUUGAGAAGCUGAGGGUGGAGCAGCAGAAGCUACGAGGGGUAAUCAAGUCCCUGGAGAAGGACAUCCUGGGCCUGAAGAAAGAGAUCCAAGAGAGGGACGAGACCAUCCAGGAUAAGGAGAAGAGAAUCUACGACCUGAAGAAGAACCAGGAGCUGGAGAAGUUCAAGUUUGUCCUGGACUACAAGAUCAAAGAACUGAAGAAACAGAUCGAACCCAGAGAGAACGACAUCAAGGAGAUGAAGGAGCAGAUUCAAGAGCUCUCAUUGAGAUUGACUGACUGGCCAAUGGAUGCUCUCUUUGUUAGAUGGAGGCGAGCUGGACCAGGUGCACAAGAGAAACGCCAGCUGGAGCUGAACAUCACUGAGCUGAAACUCAAACUGAAAGCCACCGAUAAGGAGAUGCACAAGGAGACGCAUGAGGUGAGAGAGGCUGGAGGACGCCUGUCUGCUUUGCAUGAGAAUGGAUGA